UUCUUAUUAAUAAUGAUACUAAUAUUGACUCAAAAAUCAAGGGGUGAAGUAGGAAGGUAAAUCUUUGGCUUCGUCCCUGUGUGAUACACCAGUCAUUAGGGGUAAAACGAUUAAUCAAUUAAUUGACAAAUCGAUUUCUAUUCCAACUAUCCAACAAGAUCAAUCAGUCUAAAGGAAGUUGUAUAUCGAAUUAAAUCAAUAAAAACAGUGUCAAAAUUAAAUUAAUUGUAUCAAAUCAACAUUGCGAUAUGUGAUUUAGAUUGAGAUACAUUUUAUUUGACUGUAAUGUAAAAACAACCAAGUGACAACAUAGUGGAUAAUACACAGGUGAUAGCGGCAAAAGCCAUUAUUACAGCCCCAACACUCAAUUUUACAAAGACACGUGACCACACAGUGUCGUAGAAUGUUCUGAUUGUGUGAUUUUCAUGUGGAAAAGCAACUUUAUGAAACUAAAAUCUGAUUAGAUUUCCCAUUAAUUGUUAUUUACUUGUUUGUUUGUUCACAUAUCUAAUUUACUCUUGAUUAUCUUGCAAGAAAUACAAGGAAUCUGGAAAACUUCAAGUGUUCAGUACCAGGUAUUAAUCUAUGUGUCACACUGGUGACAUUUUUGGCUGGAUCGAUUUUAGGUAGUGAAUCGAAACGUCUAUAAAUCAUAAAGUCAUCUAUAAACUAUGAUAUAAAUCUAGUCACCAUUAAAGUCCUACAAAUUAUGUUUGGAUGAUAUGUAACACACAAAUCAUAUGAAACCAAGACCCAUAAAACUGAAGUGUAUGGGUGCAUCCUGACAGUUGACCAAUAGUCUGUCUUUAAUCUGGAGGGAUUCUAUCUGAAGUUAGUCAUCUGGGCUCUACAAAGGCGCGUUUUAUUCCAUUACUUCCGUCCAUGACCACGUGAAUAGCAGCUGGGACUCAGAGUACCAGGAGCUCUUGAAGGUAGCAUCUCUGUACCGGCGGGCAGAGGGAAGAGACGCACCGUGGAGAGCGCACCGCGCAUGGGGGGAGAAGAUGCUCAUCUCCGCUUUCUGACAACAAAAAAGGAUCUUUGUACCUACUAUUUUUUUUUUCAAACUCUAUGGACUUUUAGAGUGAACUAUGUUUCCAACCUAAUGAUGAGGUUUGGUUCCAGAAGACGGGAAGGAAUGACAAGUGAUGCUUACUGGAAAGACGAAUCAGAGAGUGAAUAAAGUAAUGAAUCUCUCCUCUUUCAGGCGGUAAAAAUGCUAAAUUCCCGCAGUUUGUGAGAGGUGGAAGGAAGAAGAGCACGAGAAAGAAGAGGAAGAUUUCACAGAUGCAAGAAAGAAAUCCGUUUUUUGAGAUAGGGGGAAAAGCGCAAUGAAGGGAGAGACAUUUUUAUACGUUUCUUUUUUUCUUCUUCAUCAUUGAAUUGUAGUCGUUGAGGACGGGAGGAGCGCAUUAAGCUGCAACACGACACAGACUGGGGGGGAAAGAGAAAAAAAGGCUGGAUUCUUCAGAAUGAAGGUGGGAUGCAGGGGGAUGGAAGUGUGGAUUUGAAGCUCCCUUUUCCCUCUCCAUCACUUUUUUGGGAUGGAACCGGAGGGAACAGAGACAUAAGCCACUGACGACAAUCAUCGCUGGCGGAGAGACAACCUGUGCGCCAGUCCCCGCUGCCCCCUCUGCGUCUGCGGACUGAAUUCAUCUUACGGAUCUGAAGGAUUUAUCCAGUCUAUGUUUGAAAAGGGGGGAGGCAAAGGAAACGCACGCGGGUGUCCCCCCCUCCCCUCCCCUCCUCCCUCAUCUCUCUCUCUCACUAUCUCUUUCCUCUUUUUUUUUCUUUUCUGGAUGUGAGGCAGCAUGCGGCCCGGUGAGAGCUUAGAGGGCUCGCGCUCGGCUCACGGAAGAUGCAUGGGUGUUAGUAACCUGACUCAUAGCGGCGCGGACCGCUGUCUCGCGCACCUCUCGAGGAGGACGCAGAGGGUGACGACGAAGACAGGAGCGCGAGGGACGAAGGGGAGGAUGACGGCGAUGCGCUGUUUUCUGUGGAGUCUCGUUAUGAGCUCGUUGUCUUCGCGCGCGGAAGGGUUCAUUUACACUUGUGGGGGAACACUUAAAGGACGAAAUGGCAGUAUAGAAUCGCCCGGCUUUCCCUAUGGGUACCCCAACGGAGCGAACUGCACCUGGGUCGUUGUUGGAGAGGAAGGAAGUAGAAUCCAACUCAUCUUCUUGUCAUUUGCAAUAGAGGAAGAAUAUGACUUCCUUUCCUUGUACGAUGGUCACCCACACCCUGCCAACUUCAGGACCAGGUUAACAGGUUUCCAGGUACCUCCUCCGGUCACCAGUACAGGAAACAUCUUCUCCUUGAGACUUACUAGCGACUUCGCUGUAUCUGCCCAUGGCUUCAAACUCAACUAUGAAGAGCUCCACAGUACAUCAUGUGGGAAUCCUGGUGUCCCACCUAAAGCAUUACUAAGCGGCGGUGGUCGUUUUGCAGUAGGGGACCGAGUGCAGUACAGCUGCGUCCCUGGCUAUGUCUUGGAUGGUCACGCCACGCUCACCUGCAUCACCAAUGCAGGAAACAUUGCCGUUUGGGACUUUCCUGCCCCUAUCUGUCGAGCUGAGGACACAUGUGGGGGCACUGUGAGGGGCGGCAGUGGGGUGGUGACCAGUCCCGGUUACCCCGGCAACUAUGGUAACCAAGCCGACUGUACUUGGAUCCUAUUGGCCGAACCUGGAGACACCAUCUCUGUCAUCUUUACAGACUUCCAGACUGAGGAAAAGUAUGACUACCUAGAAGUGGAGGGCUCUGAACCACCGACGAUUAUGUUGUCUGGUACCAACGUUCCAUCUCCGAUUGUCAGUAACAAGAACUGGCUCCGACUUCACUUUGUGACCGAUGGGAAUCACCGUUACAGAGGUUUCAGCGCUCAUUAUCAAGUGAAGCGAUCAGUAGAUUUUAAAUCACGGGGCGUUAAAUUAUUUCCUGGCAAAGACUCCAGCAACAAGUUUUCAAUAUUAAAUGAAGGGGGUGUGAGACAAGCAUCUAAUUCAUGCCCAGAUCCAGGAGAGCCAGAGAAUGGAAGACGACAUGGCAGUGAUUUCAGCAUUGGCAGCAUAGUGCAGUUCAGCUGUGGAGAGGACUAUGUACUUCAAGGCAGCAAAUCCAUCAGCUGCCAGAGAGUGGCAGAAGUUUUCGCAGCCUGGAGUGACCACAGACCAGUCUGCAAAGUGAAGACAUGUGGCAGCAAUCUUCAGGGCCCUUCGGGGACCUUCACGUCUCCGAACUUCCCAAUCCAGUAUGAGAACAAUGCACAGUGUGUGUGGAUCAUUACAGCAUCAAAUCCUAAUAAGGUGAUUCAGAUCAACUUUGAAGAGUUUGACCUGGAAAUAGCCUAUGACACUUUAACUAUUGGAGACGGGGGAGAAGUGGGAGAUCCUACUACAAUCUUACAAGUCCUGUCGGGUAGCUUUGUGCCUGACCUGAUCGUGAGCAUGACCCACCAGAUGUGGCUGCAUCUUCAAUCCGAUGAGAGUGUUGGAUCUAUAGGAUUUAAAAUCAACUAUAAAGAAAUAGACAAAGAGAGUUGUGGUGACCCGGGAACUCCUCUCUAUGGAAUACGAGAGGGAGACAGCUUUUCCAAUGGGGGGAUACUGAGGUUUGAGUGCCAGUUUGGCUUUGAGCUGAUUGGAGAGAAGAUUAUCUCCUGCCAAGAUAACAACCAGUGGUCGGCAAACAUCCCUAUAUGCAUAUUCCCCUGCAUGUCCAACUUCACAGCUCCCUCCGGAACCGUCCUCUCCCCGGAUUACCCAGAAGGUUACGGGAACAACAUGAAUUGCGUCUGGCUCAUUCAAUCAGAUCCAGGCUCAAGAAUACACUUGGCAUUUAAUGACUUUGACCUCGAGGCACCUUACGAUUCCCUGACUGUGAAGGAUGGAGAGACAAAUGAAGCUGCUGUCAUUGGGAGGUUCUCUGGAGCUGAGAGUCCUUCCCAUCUGACGUCUAACACCAACACACUGAGGCUAGAGUUUCAGGCCGAUCACUCCAUGUCUGGAAGGGGAUUUAACAUUACAUACAGUACAUUUGGCCACAAUGAGUGCCCUGAUCCCGGCAUUCCCAUCAACGCUCGGCGGUUUGGCGACAGCUUUCAGCUGGGUAGCUCCAUUUCUGUGGUGUGUGAGGACGGUUUUAUCAAAACCCAAGGAACUGAGACCAUUUCCUGUCAGUUAGAAAAAGGAAAAGUCAUGUGGAGUGGCCCUAUCCCAAAAUGUGAAGCACCAUGUGGGGGCCACUACUCCGCCCAAACUGGAGUGAUUCUGUCUCCUGGAUGGCCUGGAUACUACAAAGACUCUCUCAACUGCGAAUGGGUGAUUGAAGCCGAGCCGGGGCGCUCCAUCAAAAUUACAUUUGACAGGUUCCAAACAGAGUUGGGUUAUGACUUCCUCGAGAUCCACGACGGGCCGAACCUCUUAUCUCCUCUGAUUGGUUCCUUCAAUGGCACCCAGGUGCCCCAGUUUCUGUUCAGCACCAGCAAUUUCCUUUACCUGCUGUUUACCACCGAUAACAGCCGGUCCAACGCUGGCUUUAAAAUACUCUAUGAAAGUGUUAUGGUUGACAGCUACUCCUGUCUUGACCCCGGUAUACCUGUCAAUGGGAUUCGGUAUGGACAGGAUUUUUCUAUUGGAUCAACCGUGUCAUUUGGCUGUGAUUCAGGCUAUAGACUAAGCCACGAGGAGCCUUUGGUGUGUGAAAAGAACCACUGGUGGAGCCACCCGUUACCCACGUGUGAUGCGCUGUGUGGUGGGGAUGUUAGAGGUCCGUGGGGAACUAUCUUGAGCCCCGGCUAUCCAGACAGCUACCCUUCAUCUCUCAACUGUACCUGGACUGUUGAAGUCAGCCAUGGGAAAGGAGUUCAGUUCCAGUUCCAUUCUUUUCAUCUGGAGGACCAACAUGACUACCUCCUGGUUACUGAGAACGGGAGUUUCCUGCAACCGCUCGCUCGUCUGACUGGCAACGAGUUGCCUAGCAACAUCAAUGCGGGUCUCUAUGGAAACUUCAAAGCCCAACUACGAUUCAUCUCUGACUUUUCCAUUUCGUAUGAAGGCUUCAACAUAACUUUCUCAGAAUAUACCCUGGAGCCAUGCGAAGACCCCGGGAUGCCCCAGUUUGGUCGAAGAAAUGGCUAUACUUUUGGGGUUGGAGACACCUUGUCCUUUUCCUGCAAUAUGGGAUACCGCCUAGAGGGGGCGCCAGAGUUAGUCUGUCUUGGAGGUGGAAGAAGAAUGUGGAGCGCUCCUUUGCCCCGAUGUGUUGCUGAGUGCGGUUCUUCAGUUAUAAAUAAUGAAGGAAUAAUGCUAUCACCAAACUACCCAAUGAACUACGAAAACAACCACGAGUGCAUCUACAGCAUCCAGGUACAAGCUGGAAAAGGUAUUAACAUAUCUGCCAGAACCUUUCAUCUCGCCCAGGGGGAUAUUCUCAAGAUUUAUGACGGUAAAGACAACACAGCCCAGGUUCUCGGGGCGUUUACCGGCUCAUCGAUGUUGGGGUUGACACUGAUUUCCACAUCAAACCAUCUCUGGCUGGAAUUUUAUAGUGAUGCAGAAAGUACUGGAGAAGGAUUCAAGCUAGUCUACUCAAGUUUUGAGCUGUCUCAUUGUGAGGACCCAGGCGUUCCACAGUUCGGCUUCAAAGUCAGCGACCAAGGUCAUUUCUCUGGGAGCAGCAUUACAUACAGAUGUGAGCCUGGAUACACUUUACAUGGAGCUUCUGUCCUGAAGUGCAUGACGGGUGAAAGGAGAGCCUGGGACAACCCGCUGCCUUCUUGUAUUGCGGAGUGCGGAGGACAGUUUAAAGGUGAAUCUUCAGGGCGGAUUCUCUCCCCUGGAUACCCAUUUCCUUAUGACAACAAUCUUCGCUGCACCUGGACCAUUGACGUGGAUUCAGGAAAUAUUGUGAGCCUUCAGUUUCUAGCCUUUGACACAGAAGCCAGCCACGACAUGCUGAAGGUUUGGGAUGGGCCACCUGAGAAUGAAAUGCCUCUGGCAGAGCUCAGCGGAUCUUUGCUGCCAGAAGGAAUCCACUCUACUCUGAACACAGUGACAGUUCAGUUUGAGACUGACUUUUACAUCAGCAAGUCUGGAUUUGCUAUUCAGUUCUCAAGCUCAGUCGCUACAGCCUGUAGGGACCCAGGCGUACCAAUGAAUGGCAGCCGUAGUGGAGACGGCCGUGAGCCGGGGGAUUCGGUCUCUUUUCAGUGCGACCCUGGAUAUGAGCUCCAGGGGGAUGACAAAAUAACCUGCAUACAAGUGGAUAACAGAUACUACUGGCAGCCCAGUCCUCCUGUCUGUAUAGCUCCGUGUGGAGGAAACCUUACUGGCUCCAAUGGAUUUAUACUCUCCCCUAAUUACCCACAUCCCUACCCUCACUCCAAGGACUGUGACUGGCUCAUUGCUGUCAACGCUGACUACGUCCUGUCACUGGCCUUUAUCAGUUUUAACAUUGAACCAAACUACGACUUCCUGUACAUUUACGACGGCCCAGAUAGCAACAGCCCUCUCAUUGGAAGCUUCCAGGACAGCAAACUCCCUGAGCGGAUAGAGAGCAGCUCAAACACAAUGCUUUUAGCUUUCCGCAGUGAUGGCUCUGUCUCUUACACUGGUUUUCACCUGGAAUACAAAGCUAAGCUAAGGGAGUCCUGUUUCGACCCGGGGGUGGUUCUGAACGGGACCAGGCUGGGAUCUGACUAUAAACUGGGCUCUACUGUCACUUUCUAUUGCGAGGCAGGAUAUGUUUUACAGGGUUAUUCCACUCUAACAUGUAGCAUGGGAGAUGAUGGCAGACCUGGAUGGAACAGAGCCUUGCCUAGCUGUCAAGCUCCUUGUGGCAGUCGGUCUACAGGAUCAGAAGGAACUGUUUUGUCACCAAACUUCCCCAGAAACUACACCUCUGGACAAACAUGUGUCUACUCUAUUUCAGUGCCUAGAGAAUUUGUUCUCUUUGGCCAGUUUGUGUUGUUCCAGACAUCUCUUAAUGAUGUGGUGGAAAUAUAUGAUGGACCCACCCAGCAGAACACAUUGCUGUCUUCUCUCUCUGGUUCCCACUCUGGUGAAUCUCUUCCUCUGAGUUCAGGAAACCAGAUUACCAUCAAGUUUACUACAGUAGGACCUGAAACCUCAAAAGGAUUUCAUUUUGUCUACCAAGCUGUACCACGGACCAGCUCCACGCAGUGCAGUUCAGUCCCAGAGCCCCGAUUUGGCAAACGACUGGGAAAUGACUUUGCAGUCGGUAACUUGGUGCAGUUCGAGUGCAACCCCGGUUACGUCCUGCACGGCUCCUCUGCCAUCCGUUGUGAGAGCGUACCUGACAACCUGGCCCAGUGGAAUGACACCCUACCGACAUGUGUCGUUCCGUGCGGCGGAGUCUUGACCUCCCGACGUGGGACCAUCCUAUCACCGGGGUACCCAGAGCCGUAUGACAACAACCAGAACUGCGUGUGGAAAAUUUCUGUUCCAGAAGGGGCUGGAAUACAGAUACAAGUUGUGAGUUUUGCCACGGAGCAUAACUGGGACUCGUUGGAUUUCUACGAUGGUGCUGACAGCCAUGCACCAAGACUGGGAAGCUAUUCUGGCACCACUAUCCCUCCUCUGCUGAAUAGCACAUCUAACAACCUUUAUCUCAGCUUCAGCUCCGAUAUCAGUGUCUCAGCUGCUGGAUUUCACCUGGAAUAUACAGCUAUUGGUCUUGAGUCAUGCCCAGAACCACAGACUCCAAACUUUGGGAUUAGACAUGGAGACCGAUUCAUGGUGGGGGAUGUUGUGCAGUUUUCAUGUGAACAGGGAUAUUCCCUUCAGGGCAAUGCCCACAUCACCUGUAUGCCCGGACCAGUCAGGAGAUGGAACUACCCUGUCCCCUUGUGCAUUGCUCAGUGUGGUGGGUCCAUGACAGAAGUAAGUGGGGUGAUUCUAAGUCCCGGUUACCCUGGAAACUAUCCCAGUGGAUUAGACUGCACAUGGACUGUCAACUUACCUGUUGGCUUUGGUAUUCAUCUCCAGUUUUUGAACUUCUCCACCGAAGCGAUCCACGAUUACUUAGAGAUUCGAAGUGGAACAGUGGAGACGGGGAGUGUGAUUGACCGCUUCAGUGGGCCGAUCAUUCCAAAGCCUCUGUUCAGCACCACCCACCAAACCAGCUUUUUUUUCCACAGCGACUACUCGCAAAACAAACCCGGGUUCCACAUCGUGUAUCAAGCGUAUCAGCUCCAGAGCUGCCCAGACCCUCGGCCAUUCCGAAACGGGAUUGUGAUCGGCACAGAUUUUAGUGUGGGCAUGACGGUGUCUUUCGAAUGUCUCCCUGGAUACUCUUUGAUUGGGGAAGCUUCCUUAACAUGUUUACAUGGGAUCAGCAGAAACUGGAACCACCCACUUCCACGAUGCGAAGCUCUGUGUGGUGGAAACAUCACAUCACUAAAUGGAACCAUUUACUCCCCCGGACAUCCUGAGGAAUAUCCAAACUUCCAGGACUGUGUGUGGAGUGUAAGAGUUCCUCCAGGACACGGGAUUUACAUCAACUUCACUGUACUGAACACCGAGCCCAUCUAUGACUACAUAACUGUCUGGGAUGGUCCAGAUCAAUCAUCCCCUCAAAUUGGCCAGUUUAGUGGGAACACAGCUUUGGAGUCUGUCUACUCAACCUCCAACAUCAUCCUCAUUAAAUUCCAUUCUGACUUCUCUGGAGCUGGCUUUUUCGUCCUGAGUUAUCAUGCCUACCAAUUAAGGGUUUGCCAGCCUCCUCCAGAAGUGCCCAACGCUGACAUACUGAUGGAGGAUGGUGAGCUGGAGAUAGGUGACAUCAUUCGCUAUAAAUGCCACCCUGGAUUUUCAUUGGUUGGCAGUGAAAUUCUAACCUGCCGCUUAGGAGAGAGACUACAGAUGGAUGCACCGCCCCCAACAUGUCAAGUUCAAUGCCCUGCACACGAUGUGCGAUACGACUCAUCGGGCGUCAUCCUGAGUCCUGGCUGGCCUGAAAGCUACCCCAACCUCCAAAUGUGCUCCUGGAGCAUAACAGUAGAAAAAGGAUACAAUGUCACCAUAACCAUUGAGGGUUUCCACACUGAGAGAGAGUUUGAUGUGCUGGAGAUUUUUGAUGGUCCAACUCCCAACAGUCCAACUCUGGCAACACUGAGCGGUGACCUGCCGACCCCGUUCAACAUCACAACCUCUGGUCACCAGUUUUUGGUCCGCUGGUCUUCAGACCAUGGCACCAACAAGAAAGGCUUCAGAAUUCGCUAUGUUGCUAUGUACUGCUCCACCCCAGACUCCCCUCUCCACGGCUCCAUUUCCUCCCAAAGCGGGGGUCACGUUAACAGCGUCGUGCGGUGGGCUUGCGACCGGGGUUAUCGUCUUAUAGGCAACGCCACAGGAACCUGCCGCCGUACACUACUGGGCUACCAUGCCUGGGACUCCUCUGUACCUGCGUGCCAAGCUGUCUCCUGCGGCCCACCCAAGGCUCCCAUAAACGGGGCUGUUCUAGCAGCCGACUACUCAGUAGGAACAAGAGUUUCCUAUUUUUGUAACGACGGCUACAGACUCUCUAGUAAAGAAGUGACGUCAGCCAUCUGUCAGCCGGAUGGUACAUGGAGCAACCACAAUAAGAUACCAAGAUGUUCUGUUGUGGUAUGUCCAAGCAUCGGGUCAUUUUCUCUGGAGCACGGCCGCUGGAGGAUUGUCAAUGGCUCACAUUACGAGUAUAAAACUCGCAUUGUGUUCACCUGUGAUCCGGGGUACUACAGGUUAGGCCCCGCCCACAUCCAGUGCUUACCCAAUGGGGUUUGGAGCUGGAAAAACGAGAGGCCCCACUGCCAAGUCAUAUCCUGCGGUGAGCUGCUUUCUCCACCCAACGGGAAGAAGAUUGGUACUCAGACGACAUUUGGUGCUACAGCCAUUUUUACCUGCGAUCCCGGCUUCAUGCUGGUGGGCUCAGCUGUCCGAGAGUGCCUGUCAUCUGGGCUUUGGAGUGGAACAGAAACACGAUGUUUAGCUGGUCACUGUGGAAUCCCAGAAGGCAUUGUGAAUGGCCAGGUGAUUGGGGAGAACUUUGGAUACCGUGAUACGGUUGUGUAUCAGUGUCUGCCUGGAUACCGUCUCAUAGGCUCAUCAGUUCGAAUUUGCCUCCAAGACAACCAGUGGUCCGGACAGCUGCCGAUCUGUAUACCCAUCAGUUGUGGGCAUCCAGGAAGUCCCAUAUAUGGUCGCACGGUGGGAAAUGGCUUCAACCUCAACAAUGUGGUCAGCUUUGUUUGUAAUCGGGGUUAUGAGAUGGAGGGCCUCGCACAUGCUCAAUGUCUGGCCACCCGCCAGUGGAACCACCCGCCUCCUACGUGUAAAGUGGUCAAUUGCUCUGACCCUGGUAUCCCAGCCAACUCCAUUCGACAGAGUAAAAUAGAACAUGGGAACUUCACCUUCGGCACGGUGGUGUUCUACGACUGUAACCCCGGGUAUUACCUGUUCGGAUCACCUGUACUGACCUGCCAACCCACCGGACAAUGGGACAAACCCUUACCAGAAUGCAUAGUUGUAGAUUGCGGUCAUCCUGGCUCCCCCCCUAACGGAGCGCUGAGUGGAGAUAAGUUUACUUUUGGUUCAACAGUUCGAUACUCCUGUCUGGGCGGGAGACAACUGAAGGGGGAAUCAUCCCGGACAUGUCAGCUCAAUGGGAUGUGGAGUUUUCCCAUGCCCUUCUGCUCCGGAGAUAUUGCCGGCUCUUGCGGUGAUCCUGGUAUUCCUGCACAAGGUUCAAGGGAACAGACAGAUUUCAAGAUUCGCUCAAAAGUGUAUUUCACCUGCUCAGAAGGCUAUGAACUCAUUGGUUCCUCUGAGAGGAUGUGCUUCCCCAAUGGGACCUGGUCUGGAACACAGCCCUUCUGCAAACCUGUUCAGUGUGGUAAUCCUGGCACUCCAAGCAAUGGCAGAGUCUUUCGCCUGGAUGGAAUGACUUUCUCUCACUCUGUAAUCUACUCCUGCAUGGAGGGCUACAUCCUCACUGGUCCCACCACCCGGUUGUGCCAGGCUAACGGGACGUGGUCAGGAGCACAGCCCAACUGCACCAUGAUAAACUGCGGCGAUCCUGGUGUGCCAGCCAAUGGUCUGCGUUACGGAGAAGACUUUACAAUAGGCCAGAAUGUUACGUUCCAGUGCCAGCCAGGAUACAGGAUGGAGGAAGAUGGAUCACCUGUGAGGAUGUGCACCCAUAAUGGAACAUGGAGUGGAAGUAUGCCAAUUUGUACAGCGGUGACCUGCCUGUCUCCCCCUGCCAUCAGCAAUGGAGCACUGCAGGGCAGCGACUUUGAAUGGGGCAGCAGUGUGAGUUACAGCUGCUCACCUGGAUACGAGCUCUCCUUCCCCGCUGUCCUGACCUGUGUAUCUAAUGGAACUUGGAAUGGAAUGCUGCCACAGUGCUUACCUAAGUUUUGUGGGGACCCGGGUACUCCAGUUGGGGGUUCCAGAGAGGGGCGGAGUUUCAUCUACCAAUCAGAGGUGUCCUUCAGCUGUUCUCCGCCUUUAAUUCUUGUUGGCACGGCAACAAGACGUUGUGAAAGCGACGGUACCUGGAGUGGAACACAACCGCGUUGUAUUGAACCAACAAGAACAAGCUGUGAAAACCCAGGAACUCCACGCUACGGUUCCUUAAAUCGAACUUUUGGUUUCAAGGUGGGGAGCAUAGUGUCAUUUCACUGCCAGCCUGGACAUUUAAUUCAGGGAUCUUCCUCCAGAACCUGCCAACCAGACCUUACAUGGAGCGGAACGCAACCCGAGUGCAUCCCUCAUGCUUGUAAGCAGCCAGAGAGCCCACUCCAUGUGGAUGUGGUGGGGAUGGAUCUUCCUGGCUUUGGCUACACCCUGGUCUACAGCUGUCAGCAUGGCUACUUCCUGGCAGGAGGCUCAGAACACAGAGUCUGCAAGAAUGAUGGCACUUGGACUGGAAAAAUGCCUGUGUGUCGAGCUGGAGAGAAGAAAAAACCUGUGAAACCUGUAAUAGGGACCCCAAGCCCCAAACUGAAUGGAGUGUAUAAAGCUUCUGAGGCCAGACUGUUGCUGCUGAUGUACCAAGUGAAUUAUGUGAACCAGGGAAGUCAACUGAAAGAAUCAACCAUCUCACCAGCCAAGAUCAUAGACGACUCCUGGACCAUGGAUGGAUUUGUUUCAGCAGAGCCCGAUGGUUCAAGUUAUGUAUUCCAGGGAUUCAUUCAGGGAAAAGACUACGGACAGUUUGGUCUUCAAAGACUUGGUCUGAAUAUGUCUGAGAGUCAAAACUUGCCACCCCCCCAGCUUGGUACCAACAGCAGCUCUGUGGCCAUCGCCAUCCUGGUGCCUUUCUUUGCCCUGAUCUUUACUGGCUUUGGCUUCUAUCUCUACAAACAAAGAACCACUCCAAAAACACAGUACACCGGCUGUUCGGUCCACGAAAACAACAAUGGCCAGGCGGCCUUUGAAAACCCCAUGUACAACACCAACGCUAAAGCAGUGGAGGGGAAGGCGGUCAGAUUUGACCCGAACCUAAACACUGUGUGCACCAUGGUCUGAGGGUGGGUUAUCCAUACCAGAGCUCCACCACACAGUUACCUAUUGGGACCACGACUGGUACAAGGCUGUGAAGAGGAAUGGGUUUAUCAAACUUCAACAACAAAAGGUCUUCUCCUCUUCCAGUUCAGGAAAUCCCUCUGCAGAGACUGUCCAGCUGAAACCAAAAGCCAGCGUUGAUUCCCCCCCUUAAAAAAAAGCAGCGCUUUGAUUUGACAAUUGAAAGUAGAGGAUUGCUGCAGGGAAAAGAACUACAGUCUAUGACUGUACACCUAACAGUAACACUGCAAACUAGUGAGCCACGGGGUGUCAGAUGGAGAACCUAAGGAAGAUUUUUGUACUUUAGGUUCUUUUUGUCUCGAGGAGAAGAGCACAAACGAUGGGCGCGGCAUAAAAUGCGUGGAGUUCAAUUGUUUAUCGCAACUUUUUCCACAACAGCUUUGUUUUUUUUGUUUUUUUUUUCCGAGGAGACUGCAAUUCGCCACAGACGGAGAGAUUUAACAUGAAGAUGUCAUGCAAGACACUGUGAAUCAAAGAAACUCUUCUUCAGUUUCAAAGCGGAAAGUUAGCAAACUCGCUUUCCAAAAUGACUUGUAACGUCAUAGCAACAAGGCAGGAAAUCAACCUGUCUCCACAGCAACCGCAGACUGAUAUUACCAGUCUCUUGUCUUUGUCUGCUUCAAUGGAAUCUGAGGAGGCUAAUGCUAGCAGAUAGUGGCAAAAGUUGAUUUGAAAAGAGACUAAUUCCUAAACUGGGGGAUGAGGGCAUCUGCGGAGAUGCGGCUGUAAUCCCAACUGAGCUGGGAUUAGAGCAAAAGGAAAACUAAAAGCGGUUCUAAAAAGGAAGCUUGAGACUGAGUCAUCUGACGGAUAAACUGCCCAUCUAACAAGACGGAGACGUCCCUCCCCUGAACUGCAAACAGAAAUGAGGGAGUCGGAGGAGAACUUGAACCCUAACAGAGCCGACCUGAAUCCGUCAAACCUGAAGUUGUUCAUCUUCUUAAUGAAUCAGAAUCUGAGCAAAUGUGGCCUGGAGGACAGAUGUUCCCGCCUUUAAAGAAUCAGGACUAAAAAGACUGUGAAACAGAACAAACUCUGGCACUAAAGCACAUUCUAGAGUGGCCCGAGCUCUCAUCACGCUGAGAGGCGGGGCCACAGCGGGGAUCAAAAAGUUGUGGAGAAAGAACUUCUGGUGAAGACAAAAACAUAAGCAGGUAUUCAUGUCGAUGAACAUGGAACAGGACAGUGGAUGACAUACAGGGUUGUUGCCCUCUGAAGGUGGACGGAGUUCCACUGUGAUUCUGCACUCUGAGAGUGCUUAUCUUCUUUCUUUCUUACUGCUGCAGAAUCUUCUGAUCUGUAAAUCUAUUGCAUAUAUAUUCGGGAGCAUUCACCAUACCUAUAUUUUUGUGCUAUAUAUUGAUCACAAGGGAGGGGCUGGAGGGGGGAAACAGAUUUUAGCAGAGUUUUUAAAAAAAAUGAGAAAAGAAAAAUCAUCAUCACAACUUUGUGCUGUUGGGAGAACUAUUCAUUUUGGUUUGAUUGUACGACCCUGGAUUCAUCCCACUAUUUCCAUUCUGAAUGACGUGUCGAUGAUAUUGUUGUAGUCAUUGUUGUUGAGAUGCGAGGUUUGCCAGCAACAGUCAAGCUCCCUGAGCCGAAUGUUUGUCUCAUAUUUAUCCCAGAUGGCAGAUCUCUCAAACCCCUAAA